AUGGCUGCAUCGCCUGCUCCUGUCGCUGCUGCUACGCCUGUUGCUGCUGCUGCUCCGGUCGCUGCUGCUGCUCCUGUUGCUGCUGCUGCUCCUGUUGCUGCUGCUACGCCUCUACCUGCUACCCCUGCCUCACUGCCUGCGGCCCCCGCCCCCUUACCUGUUGCCCCUGCUCCUUUACCCGCUAUUUCUGACCCCCUACCUCUUACCCCUGCUCCCGUACCCGCUAUCCCAGCCCCUGCUAUCGUGCCUGCAGAUGCGUCUAGUUCUGCUGCUAGUUUUGAGGCGCCUCAAACUGCGUCUAGCGUUGCUGCCAGGGAGCAUGCAAGGUGGAUAAAAAAAGAGGAAGCUGAGGAGGGAAUGGGGAAGGAAAGCGAGGAGGAUGGGUGGAUGAACAAGGAAAAAAACGAAGAGCAGGAGGCUGAGAGGGCGAGGGGGAAGGGAGGGGAGGAGACGGGGUGGAUGAAAAGGGAGGAAGCUGAGGAGGGUGGGAAAGUGGGGGGAAGCAAGGAGGCGGAGGAGGCGGAGAGGGAGGGAGAAGAUGAAGAGGAGGAAGAUGAGGCAUUGCUGAAGGAGCAGUGGAAAGCACAGGUGCUCAAGAUGACUGCAGCGUUGAGUGUUGGAGAGGGAGAGCGAGAGGGAGGAGAGGGAGUAGAGGGAGGAGAAGCACCAGAAGCACCGGCACCUGAGGAUUCACCUGACGCAGCAGUGGGGCCUGGUUCUGGAUACUAUGAGGCACCUGAGGAUUCACCCGACGCAGCAGUGGGGCCUGGUCUGGGGGCCGGCUCGGGAAACGUGGCAGGUGGUUUGGCGAGGGCAGGUUCGGGAAAUGUUGCUGGAGCCAGAGGUGCCAGCCCGAACCUACACCCGGAGCAGGAGGAUGGGGAUGAAUGGGGCGGGGCUACUGAGAAGUUUCAAAGGAUGGGGCUGGCUCGAAUGGCCAAGCCCUCGUUUAAAGGUGGGAGGCCGGGACGGAUUGAUGAGCAGAACAGUUCUUGUAACGAGGAUGCUUAUAUGGAGAGCGGCUUUGGUGGUCGACAGAGCUUCGAGUCUAGUGAAUGGGAGUGGCGUGGAGGAGGAAGAGGCGUAGGGCAGGGAGAUGGGGAGGUGGAGAGGGGUGGUUUCAGGGGUGUGGGCAGAGAGGAGGAGGAGGAGGAGGAGGAGGAGGAGGAGGAGGAGGAGGAGGAGGAGGAGGAGGAGGAGGAGGAGGAGGAGGAGGAAGGUGAGGAGGGAGGAGGAGGAGGGGGGUUCACAGAAGUGUUUCAGCAGAGAAUGUUGGCUCGUAAGGUGAAACCCUCCCUUGGGGCUGGGAGGCAGCAAGGGAUUUUUGAGAGAAACAGUGCGUGUGAUGAGAGUGCUUAUAACGAGAGUUAUCACAACAUGAGUGACGGGGAUGCUGACCAGGAGAGUGUUUAUAAUGGGAGUGCUUAUAAUGAGGGCGCUUAUAACGUCGCUGGUAGUGAGCUGGAGGAACGAGGGAUGGGCUUACCGUCAGGGUCUGGGGCUCGUAACGGAUUGCCUUUUGCUGAUAAUCGGUUCUGUGAGGUUUCAAGCGGUUUGGGCGGUUCUGGUGCGAUAUCAAGUGGUGCAGAGGAUUCCGGUCGUGCUUUGGGGGGUGCUGCUCCUCCCCCUGCUUCUGCCUUCGGCCCUCCUCAACUUGCCAUCGACCCUUCAAUUCCUGUUGCCGGCUUUCCCGGUGCUCCUGGGUUGGGGGGAGCGCCUGGGUUGGGGGGAGCGCCUGGGUUGGGAGGCGCUUCUCUGUUGGGGGGAGCCCCUCUUUUAGGGGGAGCUCCUUCCUUUCCAGCAUUCGGUCCUGGGAAUGGUUUCGCAGCAAGAGCAGGAGGGGCAGGAGCAGGAGGACCAGCAGGCGGGGCAGCAGUGCCUGCAGCAGGGCAUGGUCAAGAAAAAAAGGUAAGGCAUGAUGCUAGAUAA